GCCGUGACAGUCAAACGUCCAACAGUUGAGCUAAGCUAAGCGGCUAUUGCUUUUGCUAGCUAACGUCGUCUAACGUUGAACACCAAAGAUGUACACGAGUAACGCGAGAUAUUUAACUUUGCAGGACUUCCGCGUUCGCGUAUACAGGCUUGAGAGGGUUCUGUUUUGUUAACUGACCUGUUAAAGCUAACAUGACAUAGUAGUCUUUUUCAAAAAGCAACUGUAUGGUAAGAUUUGCUAAUCUGCAUUUUAUAUUAUAUUUGGGCUGGGUUUACCACGUGUAAGCACUAGCGUAUGCGGAUUUUUAUCUUGAUUUUUUUUGUGUCUUUGGCUAAACUUUGAGAAAACCGGUGUAGCUACGUUAGGUAUAUGUACCAAUAAAAGAUCGAGCAUCUUGACAACCGAAGCCGUAAACAGACCGUUUCUGUACCCUGUCUCCAAGACUUGUUUUAGAAGCCGAUCUAGUGCGAGAGUGAAGAUGAAGAGAUCCAAAGGCGGUGGUGACGAGGAAGCUCCCCGGCAUAAUGGCUCAGCGGGCCGAAGGAAAGCAGACCAGCAGCAAAGUGACGGGGACGAGGGUGGCAGUGACAUCGGUCCAGCCGACCUGCAAGACGACGACAAUGACCAGGGCCUGAGGAGAGAAAUAAGGAGCAAAUACAGAGACCUCAUCAGCUCAGUGCAACAGAACAGGGAAGAUAUGCUGAGCCCUUCAAACAACAAACUAACAGAGGUUUUAGAGGAAGCAAACAAACUUUUUAAAGAUGUUCGACAGGCGAGAGAAGCAGCCUUGGAUGCACAGCUCCUUGUUGUGGCUACAGACCUGGGGAAGGAGAAAGCCAGCCAGCUGUUCUCCGAGGGAACCGCUUUCGAUCCCACUGCUUUUGCUGAGCAUCUCUUGUCUUUCAUGGGUCUGAACCGACUAGAAGAUGAUGAAGACGAGCAGCAGAACACCACUAAUGGCUACCUGCCACAGGACGCCUGGCACCGAUUGGCCAGGAGAGCAGAGUGCUGCUUUAGGACAGCACCCUCUUUCCACUACAUGAUGGGCUCGUUCUAUGCAGAACCACCUCCCCCGAAACAAAGGAUAGAACGGCAAAGAAAAGCACCCAGCAAAGAAGCCAAAAGGAUAAUGCCUACUCAGCUGAAGAAAAUGGAAGAGUCGCAACAAGAAGCGACAGAAAAAGAAGUGGAAAGGAUUCUGGGGUACCUGAAGGGUUAUUACCAAGAUGAUCCAACCUCAUCAAUAUCAUAUUACGAGUUCGUCAUUGACCCCAGCUCCUUUUCCCGGACAGUGGAGAACAUCUUCCACACUUCUUUUCUGAUCAGAGAUGGACUGGCAAGAAUGUAUCUUGAUGAGGAGAAAUUGCCAUGUAUAGCUCCUGUAGAGGAGGGGGAGGUGGAAGCCGGAGGUUCCACCAGCCGUAAACAGUGUAUCCUCUCUAUCAGCCCAAAGAUAUGGAAGGAGCUCAUAGAUGCCUUCGACAUCAGAGAUUCAAUUAUUCGGCCUCCAAACACACAGAAUGACUGAGACUACACCAUCUUCCCCACUGAAAAACCUAAACAUUGUUCUUAAACGUUUUACUUAAUAAAAUUCAAGUGACGUGUUAUAGUUUUAUCACUUGAGGUCAAUGUAUAAUAAUCGUUCUAUUGCACAUUUGUUUAUUUUUUACUGCUUUUUAAGUUUGAAUAAUAAAAAAGAAAUAAAUAAAA